GGCAGUCGCACCGCCAACCCACCCCGUGCGUCCGCGGCGGAGCACGAGCCCGGAGAAGCACCGUGAGGUUUCCCGUCGGCCCCCUCGCGACUCACCGACACCUGGCAGAGCCCGCGGCGGGUCAUGACGUGGGCGGCCACGCGCCUUUGAUCACAGGCGCGCGCCGGGGAGGAGACGCGUGUGUGAGGAUGCGGGACCCUCCGCUCCAAUAACACCACAACUAAACCCUCUGCCGAACAGGUUGCUGACAUUUUCUUCACUCUGACAGGGGGCUUUGGAGGCACAGCCAAGUAUGCUCUCCCCCAGAUGGUGACUUCCAAAGGACUUCCAGUGAGAAAUGGCUUUGAGGGUAAUACUCCACUGGCCUGUCAAGGUUUCCCUCCUUUUCACAUCCUUCCAUCUCUGCAUCCCCAGCUAUCUUCUAAUUUCUUUAACCAGAGAGAGGUUACGACUGAACAAUGCAUCUGACUGAAAGGCGUGGUAGCUGUGGACGAGCAUGUCAAUCAAAAUGUAGCUCUGCCCAAAGACAGACCCUGCAUUAUCUGCUUUUCUCCAGCGUUUGAUGGAGAGCUGGUCGAAUGUCAGCGGGAACUGUCGUUAUAACCGGAGGAAUUCUUGCCGGUGUGAUACUGCUGUGCAUCGUAGCAGUCCUCUGUUACUGUAGACUCCAGUAUUACUGCUGUAAGAAGAAUGACUCUGAGGCGGACGUGGGCUCCGUGGCAGGGGCCGACCCGCUCUCUCACUCCCCGUGCAACGCCUGCAACGCCCUGGCCAUGGACGGCACGGCCAUCACGCCGGUCUCUCUGGACCAGCUGGACACGUCCGCUUCUCACCACAACCACUGCCCCACCUGCUCGCCGUACCCCGUCCGCUCUGGACUCGCAGACGGCAUGCGUAACGGAGGGGAGCGCCUGGGCUUCCAUACCUACUACGAGAACCCAUCGGCGUCUCUUCCCCUGUCCGUCCACCCGCAGGCUUCCUCCCCUCUGAGCUACUACAACCCCUCAGACGUGUUCCCUCCUCCUCCGCCGCCGCGCCCCUACAGCACCGAGGUCUGACUUUCUCUUCACCACAAACUCUCUCUCACACACACACACAUACGAACAUUUCUAAUAAAUCCAGCACAUACUCAUGACCAAAUUCAGGGGAUCUAUUAAGAUACAGCACAAUCACACAGCCGUUACUGCACAUGCUGCCUUUAGUCGCCCUCAGUUCCCCCCACUCAUUCACACAUGGAUGGAUGGAGCUGCAGCUGCAGCCUGGUCCGUGUUCGAUCUGCAGGGAAACGGCCCACAAACUCCCACGGCUUUAGUUAAUGUGUCACGCGGGUGUGACGUAAUCACCAGCCCACUACAUGCGGUUUAGCAGUCGCACGACUUCCUUGAAUAACUUGUCAGAAAGAAAGAAAAAAAGAAUAAUUUACAGGGACUUUUUUCAUGGAAAAGUCCGUGAAAGAAAAUAUGUAUCAACUUUUUUUUAGAAGUCAGAUUGAGUCUGUUUCCUCGUGAUUAUCACCGAAAGAAGUCUUUCAGGAAACUUUGUGGUGAAGUAUUUGGAAACAUUAAUAAAUCAUAAAUGAGUAAAGUAGAUCGGGAAAGCUUCUAAUAGAGGUAAAGGCUUAGGACUUAUGAUAUAUCUCAGUAAAAAUACAUUCAUGAGGCACGAUAAAACUCAAGUUUAGCUCGAUCUCUGGCAAAACAUACAGCAAACUACUGGAAACUGGCCGCCCUGACCCAAGUCAUGUCUUUAUGACUUAUUAGCUGUUAGUGGUUUCAGCAUGAGUGUUGUAUGAAAACAGAGCUCAGUACAUCUUAAGCCUUUUCCAGUCACCUUAGAUGAGGAGGUAAGGGAUCUUCACUUUUUUUCUUUUCUCACCUGUAACUCCCACGUCAUCCAGUAUCAGACUCUUCUACAGCUGCGAGCUGAUACCCAGGAGGGCAAGUGGAGACACGUGCUAGAUUCUCAUACAUGUCGUGUUUCAGUGAGCAAGAUGCACUGCACGGCGUGUUUGGUUUCUGUUGUACUUUCCUCGCUACCACUCCGGUGUAAACCCCCCGUCCUCCUCCCCCAUGUCACCGUCUGACUUCCAGUACAUGAGGGCUAACUGUUUUUCUAUCAGCAAUAGUGGUUUGUCAGCUAUAGAAACUAGCUUUGUCUGUGUGUAAAGCACGAGGGGGGAAAGGAAGUUUAGGCCACUUAGCAGUUUCAGUCAGCUUGAAAAGAGACUUCUCUCCUGCCGUGUCUUAUGUACGAGUUGAUGUGUCUCACUUUUUCUUGUUUAGGGAUUCAGAUGUAUGAAAAGAGAGGAUCAAUUUACUUUACUGGGAUCACGUUUCACCGAUUUUGAAGCCCUCUUCAUGAACUGGACGCAGUGAUAU